UCCGUAUGUGUAUGUCCAGUGUACAUGUACAUGUACGUACGUACAUGUAUGCAGUGCGUACAUGAACUUGUAAGCCAGUUCGAAUGAAUGUGAACGAGAAAAAGUACAUGUGGUAAGCAGAUAAGUGAAUAAAACUACUGCUUUUGCCUGGAUCUGCAGCCAUCAUUUAAAUCAACACAAUAAUGUGGUUCCUUGGACACUGAGGUAGAUUGGUGUGGUCAUCGGAAGAGAGGAAGAAAAGCAGCGGUUAUAUCCAUCGUUCCAGCCCUGCAGUGAGGGAUAUCGCCAGAGACUCGCCCCACCGGCAUCGGCCGAAGGCAAGAGCGCCGCUCUGCGGAGAGCCGACCACCCGCUCGGUGCAUCCUGACCAGCUACACACACGCGGUGGUCAAGCCGUAAAACACUCACUACUACCCAUCGCCAUUCGGCCUUGAACUAAAGCCACUCCGGCCACGGCCAGAGGGGAGUUGAAAGGUUCAGAGCUAACGAAUGAUCCGCUGGACGAGUGACCAACAUAGAGAGGGAUUCUUCGACGGGGGAUCUAGUUCUUUUCGCGGGCGAGGAAGAUAAUCAAGAAGGAAAAAAACCUGACUGCGGAUUCCAGGAAGACCUUAAAUUUUCGUCGGAGUUCGGAAGAAGACAUUUGUUCUGAAUGUACAAUAUGGCGUUAGCGCUCGCAGAGAACGAGCACCAGAAUGGGACGAUAAGCUCCCUGGCCACCAGCAGUGAGGUGCUACAGAAGCCAGUCUCCACACAGCCCACGCAGUCCCCAAUGCAGCCGCCCCUCCAGCAGAGCUCCUGCUGCUUGGUGUGCGGGGACAAGUCCUCAGGGUUCCACUAUGGCGUGCUGGCCUGUGAGGGCUGCAAGGGCUUUUUCCGGAGAAGCAGCAAGCGCGAAAAAGAGUACACGUGUCGCCACGGCAACGGCCACUGCACAAUAGGCCGCAUGAACAGAAACCGCUGUCAGCACUGCCGCUUCAAGAAAUGCCUGGCUGUGGGGAUGUCAAGAGAAGGUAACUGUAAGACUGUUAGGUACGGUCGGGUCCCGCAACGCACAAAGGUCAAAGGCAACUCGGGCGCAACGUCAACCCGGAAGAAGAGCACGGACUCUGAGUAUGGAGUCAGCGACAGCGACGACAUUCCACACUUGCCCCAGCCGCCCGUGAACGGGCAGACGACCUACGACCUCGCCACCAUCCCGCCGGGGGCCGACACGCUGGGCCUGAAGCAGGCCGAGAUGUUUGAGCUGGUCAGAACGGUGUCCUAUGCCUACCGCAUGACCUGCAUGUACACACCCAAUAAUGCACCAUACCUCCGAGAUUUCUCUUUCCCUCAGGACAACUGCCAUAUCUCAACGAGUAAUGGCGACAGCAUGGACCUCAUGGGCCGGCGGACGUGGCUCCAGGUGGCUGAGCUCCUGGACCAGGCGGUCAGUGGCCAGGUGGAGUUUGCCAAGGCUAUCCCCGGCUUUCGCAAUCUCUCCCAGGAUGACCAGCUCCUGCUGCUGAAGGCCAGCUUCUUUGAGCUCUGGGUCUUGCGGGUGGCACCGCUGGUCCUGGCCGUUGGACCACUUGUCAACGGCUUUCUGUCCCCGCCAGGCAGCGGGAUGGGGGCUCCGGGCCCGCAGCAGGCCCUGGCCGGAGGCAGUCCAGCCGGCAGCUCCCUGCUCUGGCAGCAGCUGUACCAGCUGCUGUCUCAGGACCUGUUUGCGAUGAUGUCCACCUUCGCGCAUGAGAUCAACCAGCUGUGCCUGCUGGAGACGGAAGUGUCACUGUUUGCUGCAUCCCUGCUCACAGCCAGAGAUAUACCAGGCCUGGCCAACCCAACGUUGGUAGCAGAGCUCCAGGACCAGCUCUUUGAGGCGCUGCGGCUGCAAGUUGAAGGAAACCACCCCCCAAGCAGCCCACCCUUCAUCAGCUCACUGGUCAACAAGGUGCACGUCCUGCGCCGCAUUGGCGCCAUGCACCGAGACUACGUCAUCGGCUGCGCCCAGCGCUGGCCCGACUUGUGCACCAGUUUACCCGCCCUCUACGCCGAGAUGAUGGACAUAAGCAUGCAGUGACAGACGACAAUGUGCGAGGCGGGUUAAAAAAAUUGCUUUUUGUUUUUCAAAGUGGCAUUCUUGCAAACAGUGUCCUGGCGUUUGUCUUUUACGGGAGUCUGAGAUGUAUAAACAGGCAAUCACAGAAGAGAAAAAUGUCGUAAGUUGCCCAAGAGUAUCAGGUGUUUGGUCCUAAAAAUGUGAUUCUAUGUUGUGUAGCAUCGACUGAUUGGAGAUAACAAUCUGGACAAUAUCUGUCAUAGAAAAUUACCGUGUUUUCCCUGUUUUCAAACUGUGGCUAAUACAAGCAUUGUCAAAAAUUGCAGAAAAAAGUCAAGGGUUACGAGCAACGAGGUUGUUUUUAUCUGUCCCAGUUUUCUACUGGUGGAAUUGAUAGCUUUUGUCAUGGGCCAAUCAAUCACUUCUUGGUGCAUUUUCCCCCAGGAAUGUUUGCAAGAAUGACUGGAAUGGUAUAAAAAGCGGCUGAGGAAGCAUAUCGUAUCGGGGAAAAAAGCAUUUCCAGUCCUGUUGUGGAAGUGUCAUGGUUGUGAUGGUGUUUUUUUCACAAUUUUGUCCGUCCGCACGUGGAAUGUUGUGCGGGGGAUAAAAAAAAAAAGUAUAAAUGUAUCAUUACGGCAGGGAUUUUAUUAUAUGUGAAUAAUUACUAGUCACUGUUUUCUGAAGAAAGCAGUGAUGUAGACUAGGGGUAUAGUAGACAUAAAUGUAUGGGACUGCUGUGUGUAGACUAUACUGGAAAACUUGUUCCUGUGUUAGUGGACGUGAAAGCAUCCACGGGUCAAAUGUGCCAUGGAGUUUAGCCACCUUGAGUCUUGCUCCCCAAAUUGCCAAGAAGAAAUACUGUCCAAUCCGAAGGGUUGAGGGUACCAGCCUACAGUCUAGGGAUGGGGGGGUGUCCAAUUCUCAGAUUUAUAUCCGUUUCAGACGUCAUUCCUGACAAGCAAACAGUUGGCAUACCAAAAUGUUUGAAAUAUUAGAAAAUACUUCCAUUUUGGGGGUGGAUGACAUACAGCUCGAUCUUUCUCCAGCAGAACAGGACUCUUCCUUUUUUUGUCUUUUUUUUUCUUGAGCUCAAAUCAGCUCAAAUCUCAGAUAGUCAAGGGGUUGAAAGUCUGGAGACUGUGACAGCUGAGAUUUGGAACCUUGUUACCCUUUUCUGAACUUGAAGCCGUCACAACUGCUGUUUGCACACAAACACUUUACACGCAUCUCAUUAGUAGGCCAUUCAGUGCCUUCAAUGAUUCUUGCGUUCUCUGAGGCCAUGCAGUAGCUAGAAUAUCUUUUCACCGGGAAAGGAGACCAUUUUGGGGGAGGAAUAGAAAUGUGAAAUUUGAGCCUAUGCCAUGAGUGCUUUGAUUCAAUCUGCUUCUCGCUACCAUUGCGUCAUACAUGUAUUUAUACAUACAGGCUAGGAAUAGAUUGUGGCUGGGUCCAAAUUGUGCUCCUUGUGGAUAGGGUUUUGGAUUUGCCAAUAGUGUGCCAUGCUGAACAGCCAUAGCCCCAGACAUCAAACCCUGCUUUGGGCACUGCCAGAAGCAGUCACUCUCCAAAUUUCAAACUAGGCUGUUACCCACUUAUUGAAAGUUGUAUUUCAUGAUGAUGGCAAUAUGACAAAGCAGGUCCAAGACAAGUUAGAUUUAAAUGUAUGUGUACACUGUCACCAUCAGAAACCAGGCAGUAUUAAGAAAAAGAUAGACAAGAAUUUACUCUCUGAGUGACAAGUAGAAGGGACUGCAUUCAGAUGCUUCCUUUUAAUUUCAAACAGAUGUCUUAGGGCCACUGGUGAUUUCUACAUGUAUGUGAUUUUCGUUCCCUUGGCCAAUCGCAGGUGGUCACAGAUGGGCACAGAGAAGUUUGGCUGUCCACUGCAUGCAUGGCUUGUUGAGGGCGCCGUGUACUGAGACAAAGAGCAUUGUGCAUGAGGGCAACUUCGUGUUAAAUGGAAAAUACUUCAGUGUUUUUUGUUUGUUUGUUUUUCCUGGAGUUGCAAUGGCUUACAAGUUUGGUUCCCAGAUGCUCGUCAGUCCCUGUCCCUCAUGCUACACAUUGCUCUUUAUCAUCAGCCUAUUCCAUACACUUAAGGGGUUGCAACUUCAGAUCUGAAGCCAUUUGUUUUCCCAAGGAGGGCAACCCCGUGGGACUUUUUGAAUCAUAUUUACGCAGGAAACAGUCAGUUGUCCAAGUUGAUCAGUCUUUGCCAUUUUUAGAUCAGUGAGUGCAACCCCCACGCACAAGAACCAACCAUUUGGGGAACGAAAUGGCGUCACACCCGAACUCAGAUCACAACUCUCUAGAGCGUUAUAUUCAGUCCACAGAGAUGACAUUAAUCAACUUUGAAAAACCUUGAAACUUUGAAAAUCAGAUCACUGCCGUGACAACCAUAGCCACUGAAUUGCUGAAAGUUGGCUGAUCCCGACAUGGCUUCAACCACUCAUAAAGGACAUUAUGCAUCUUGUACAUACAGUUAAACAUAUAAAGGCACCAAUGUAAAAUUAGAUCCUUGCACAGUAUCUUGAGCUCAAAGCAAAACUGACUAACUUUUUUUAAAUUUUUGUCUUGAAUGCUAACAUUUCUCUGAAAUAAGGUUUUCCCUUCUUUGCAUUUUUAUUUUUUGAAAUCGUAGGAGUAUAAAUUUAGGGGUAUGUAAAUGAAAUACAUAAGCAUCUGCAAUAAGUUUUGUGUUCAUUUUUUUUUACUUUUUUAAAGAUUUUUAGCACUUCCUUCUGUAUAUACAACCAACUAUCCUACGUGUUCACUGCAAAAUACAUGUAGAUCCCAAAUCACUUCAGAUUGUCAACUUUUGUGUUUGUUGAAAAGUCACAUUUGAGUACCUGGCCAGUGUUGUAACGAGUCACUAAAUUUGAUGACUCAAGUCGAGUCAUUUUAACAUUGUCACUUGAGUCAAGUCAUCAUUAGGUCAAGACUUGAGUCGAGUCACUGUGUAGUUGAGUCAAGUCUUAUAAGCUUGUACUUGAGUCGAGCCUCCAUGAGAGAUUUGAGUCAAGUUGAGUAAUUUGGUCACACAGACUCAAAUCAAUUCGAGUCAUUUAUCUGUCAGGAGUCGAGUCGCCAACAAGUGUGACUCAAGUCGGACUCGAGUCAUUGGCUCAAGUCAUUACAACUGGGUACCUAGCCACCUUCAACUUCGCGUCUCUGAAAUAAAAUGAAACUUUUACUAAAUGACAGUUUGCAUCUGUCUGAAAACGAUUGCUUCAAAAGCUCUCAAAAAAAUCCUAUUUUUUGCCAAACAUGUCAGUACUUCUUUUAUUACUCUAAACCAGGGCUUCUGCUAAACUUUUCCAAAGCCAAGUUUGCCAUCUUCAUGUCCACAUAUCACUAGUCAUGUCCUCAUGCUUGAAAUUCACUUUAUGCAGAAUAAAUUUUAUUAGAGAGUAAAUUUUCUGGACAAUCUGUGAUGUUGACGAUAAGUUUUGGGUGUUUUUGUUUUUGUGCAUAGUUUUUGUUUUAUACUUUCCAUCCCCAAACAGACCAACUUUUCCCACUUUGUAAUUCCACUGUGUGGUCCAAGUUUGGUAUACUUUAAUACCUUUCGGGAAUGCAGUUCCCAUAGUAGCCGAGUGAUCUUAAAAUGUGUCACAUUUUAAACCAAAUAGAAAUGAAAACUUUAUUCUCAUUUUUGUGCCAUAAUAUCCUGGCUGAGUGGGUUUGUAUUGCCCAGUUCCCAUUUUUUUUUAAUUUUAUUUUAUAAAGGAAUUGAAAACACAAAGCAAAAAGCUGAUCAUUGUGUCUAGUUUAUGAAAUUAUUACCACCGAGCAAUGAACGCAAAUUAUGAAUUCUUUGGCUGUGUCGUUACAGGUCCAACUUCAUGGCACAAAAGCAGCUUGGGUUGUAACUUAAUUUUUUUGCACUAAGCAAGUGUUUUAAUUGUGUAGCGAAUUUGUGUCCUUUGCAGCUCUUUCUACAUUGGCUCUUAGUGCUCCUUUGACAUCUACCGGCACUGAGGAGCCAGUUUCACAAAAUGAGCCAGUUCGCCAUAUGGUUACAGAGAUUAGGCCAACCUCACGUGCAUACAUACAGCUGUCCCUUGAAAGAAAUGUGUGCACCUGCAGGUGCCCCCCCCCCGGACAUAAUAGCCCUAGUUACACCACUGUUUCUGAAGGAUUUCCGUUGGGCUUCAUUUUGGGGUAUGCACUAUUGGAAUGGCAAACUGGCUCAUUUGAGCACAAAGCACAGAAAAUAGCUGCUUACCAAGAGCAAGAUACCAGCUAACAUGCUGUACACAGUAUACUUAGUGAGACCGGUCCCCUGCCAGUUUUUUGCUGAGCACAUAAAUUUGCUCCCCAACAUUUCGCACUAAUAAGCAGCUCUUUGAAACCAGUUCACAACUUUUUUGCAACAUUCUGUUGAGAUAAUAGACCAUGUGUGGACAUCGUUACUAUGUGUAGAUGACUUCCUUAGCCUCAUUUCCUUGUGUAGUGUGUGUAUCUCGUCUGGGCACAAGCGCGAAUGCUCGCUCUUGUCAUCAGACAUCACGAAACCAGUAUGCUGAAAUAACAAAUGGAUUUGUAGUGUGCAGUGUCACGCAUGUAUAGUGUUUGGAGUUGCACUUUAUAGUCUGUUUAGUGUAAAAAGACAAAAAAAAAAAACGGAAAACCAAGGAUUAACUUUUUAUAUCACGUCUGGUGAUUUUUUUUUCCUUUUGUCUCUGUAAGUCUCGAAAGGUUGGUGAUAUUUUGUGAUUACAAGAUGCCCUUAAUUGCUCAUGGUUUAUCUGGUAGUUUCUUUCUAAAAUAAUUGGUUUCCGUCAGUUGAUGCUCCCUGCUUAGAAUUGAAAACAUCUUGGUAGAGAAAGCACUUGUACGAUGCAGCCUGAACAUCGUUUAAAAGGUUUCAAUGUGUUUAUGGGACUUGCUCACAUUUUCAACGCUACUGUGUGGAUCAGUUAUACUCCGUUAUGGACCUGUUUAUUUCACAUGGUUCCAAAUCUCGACCAGUGAUCCAUUGACGGUUCACUGACACCAGAACCUGCCUAAUGGAUGGCGCUAACCCGCAUUGGAACCACUGAUCAACAUCCAGAUCCAUGUGAAACAGAGAGGGUCUGCAUGUAAAGUGCUGUUGAUAUACCUUAUUCACAGGGAAGAUAUAUAUAUAUAUACAUAUACAUGUAUUACCUUGUUCCCUGAAUCUAUCAUAUUCAGUGUAAUCUAUUAAAGAAGGUGGUGCUAGACUAUUCUUCGGUUCCAAGCCUCAGGCUGCGUCUGAAUCUGCUGUCUAGAGAUAGGUCUAGGUCUUCACUCCAUUAGACAUAUGUGGAGACGUGCAGACAGUAGACCUAGCCAUAGCCCUAGAAGCCCAUUUCAGACACUGGUGUUUUUUUAUUUCAAAUUAUUCUGUACAAAAACUGGCAUAAAUUUGUAUGAACCUUAUUUCAUAGCUGUUAGUUACUCUCAGGUUCCAAAAAUGAAAACUUUUUGCUCAUUUUCAAAUCAAGAUGGCCGACACGUGAAUACAGUAUAUUGACAGUUUAUUUAUAGACUGAUCUAAAUCUGUAAAUGUGCCAAACCUUGUUGAGGCUAACUUUGUGCUGAAGUGGCUUCCUACUUUGUUUACUUUCUUUACCUCAGUUGCAAACUUCUACCUCCCAACACAGACAGAGCAGAAUCUGUAAAAUAUUCAUUUAAAAAAAUUCUUUGAUCAAAAGUGAUAUGUAUUGAUUUUUUUUAAUACCAAUGAAAGUUUGGGUAAAUUUAUCUUUUUGCUGCUACCUCCACUCACAUCUACAUAUUUGCAAAUGUGGGCAUCCUUUUUUAACAGCCAUGUUUCAUAGUCUGCUUAGGUCAGUUAAGUUGAGCUCGCGGUCAACGGACAGGCUUAUUAUGUAAAGCUCAGCUAAACUCCACUGACCAAUAAAACUUCAGGGCUGACAUAGAUUAUGCAAAUUUUAUUCGUGCAUUGGCUGCGUCAAGCAGAUUCACAUCUCAGGGUUCCCGUAGCAACAUUCUCUCAAUCUUUCAUGUGUGUGUGUGAGAAUGUUUUUCUGAUUGGUGGAAGUUAUCAUGUGAGACAAUGUCUGACCUGUCAGAUGGUGUCUUUUACGGAAUCAGUGAAAUCUAAAACAUAGACUACACAUCCCUGUGCAAAUACCAUUAUUUUUUUUUUAUUCCACAUGAAAAUGAAGGCAAAACUGAUUGCAUAUGAAAGGACUGAGUGAUUAUUUUUUUCUGACAAAGGUGAAUUAAUCAAAGUUCCUGCAAGAACAUGUUAUUAUGCUCAUUGCACCAAUCUUCAUUUUACUCCCUGUAAUAAUUCUAGUAUACAUACUACUUAGCACAAACUGGAGAGUUUGCCUGGCAAGUUCAAGGUAAAGUUCAGAGUAUCAGUUACAAACUUUCAUUUCUUUGUGUGGGGGACCUUAUAUUUUAAUUUCAGGAUCUAAACAGUACUUUAUAUGUGCCUUAUAUUACUUGAGUUUGUUCGAAUGCAAUUAAUGAAGUGAAAUCAACUCAUGUUAUUUUUGUGUUUAGCGAUUAACAGCAGUUGUUUGUCGUGGUAUUAACCUGCAUUAUCUCACUGGGGAAGGUAAUGUUGGGAAUGGAACUGUCCAACCGUGUGUUUGAUCCAAUGGAAACCCACCAGAGAUACAUGGUUCACAGACAUGCUACACAUGUACCAGAGUAUUCUAUAAAGCCACACCUUAUUGGCCAAUAUUUAAUAGUGUUUUGACCAAUCAAAAUCCUCUCUUUAUCCACUUCUAUAUACUUUAAGAGGUUUCCAACUCUUUAGAGACUUCAACUCCUUUGUGUUGAAUUAAAUUCAGACAUCUCAUUAAAUUCUUGCCAAAUUGCCCUCAUUUUAAAAUUUUUAGACAACCCACCCGCAAAACAAUUUUUAAAUGAUGUAAGUGUAGAUUGAGUUUUUUUUUUAUUUUACUAAAUAUUGAAAAUUACAGUUUAUUUACCUCAAGCUGGAUUUUCUGGUUUAUGAACGUGCCAAUGUGACAAUAUUGUACACGUACAUGUAAAAAAAGACAACUUGUGUAUGGUUCUGUGUAACAGACAUUGUGUUGUAUAAACUCUGCAAGGUUUCUUUCUUUGCCUUUUUUUUCUGUAGCAUGUCAAAUAUCUAGUAGAGGUUUCUGUAAUCAGACUUGAAUCAGCUUUCAGAUCGAUUUGUAUUUUUGUUUUUUUAAUGAAUACAGAAAUGUUGGGUUAUUUUUCAUGUGGUGUUAUUUUCCUUUGGUGUUAUUUUCCUAUUAGUUUAUGAUGGUGUCUUGAGUUUAAAUCAGUCAUUAGCCAUGUCCAGCCUGUUUGCAUGAAGUUCCAUGUUAGAUGGAGGGAUGUAUUGUGAUUGAUUUGGUGUACAGUUGUUCCGAAAUUCAAAGAAUGGUAAAAUUCAGUGUGCGUCGAAUUGUGGGUUUGCACAUUGAGGUAUAAUUGAAUUGUCUCAUUCAUGGAGGUAAUGAAAUACGUUACAGCACAAAUGAAUUGAAUAGUAUUAAAAGAUAUUAAAUUUUUUUUUGGGGGGGGGACAUAGUGAACAACUUUUUGCCAACUUUUUGCCCUGAUCUAUCAAGAAAGAGUAGACUAGAAAGUGGUCCAAUGAGGUUCCUUGUUAUAUGUUUUAAAGAUGGCAAUUAUCAAUGAAUUUAAUUGGAUAGGUGUUCCUCUCCAGCAUGUGAAGCAACAAAACACUUUUUCUGCCUCGUAUUGUUAAAACCCUUGGUUUUCACAGUUUGAUCGGGGGCCUUUGUUUGCGAGGCAAUUUAAACAUUUGAGUGAAAAGUUUGAAGGAUAGAAAAGUAAAAUUUGUCAAACAAUGGCACUGUGUCACCAUAUUGUAAAGUCCAGGUAGAUCAAAGAAAAAAAUGUGCUUCACGUAGGUUUAGAACUAUAAAAUAAAAGGAUUCGUGUACAUAAUUAAUGUGGGUUUUUAAGCAUCAUAACUUUUUUGAUAUAGCUUCAUAAACUAAAAAUAUACAAAAAUAUAUAUAUGUUAAUGAUAUGAAAAAAAAAACAAUUUUAAGCAUUGCAUGCAGGAACUUGGCUUUCCAUGUUAUAUUUUAUAGUGAAGUAUUUUGUGAAAGCUUGCUAUAAGUCUCAGGGGUUUGGAAGCCAGUUUCUGUUGAUGCUCUUAAAGGUUGAAGGUCGGCAGUGUGUGGCCUGAAAGGUCAGAUGUCGCGACCUCAUUAGUGUUGUAACAAGGAUGCCAUUGCAUUGGUGCGAUCCAAAUCACAAUCGUGUGAAGAGAUGUUUAAUUGUGCAUGUGUGGCCACUUGUCUUUUCCCUGUUUAUGAAUUUUAAAAAUUGUCUACUGGUUGCAGAUACGUGUCUUUAAGGGGAACCCUGUAAAACAAGGUGCAGAGUAUUUCUGUCAAAUUUGAGAAUUUCUAUUCCUGGGGAAAAAAAGCCAAUUUGAUGUCGAAAGUUAACCCCUAAAGGCAGCAGAUUACAACUUGACCUGUAAAAUGUGCAACAAAUGGAUUCAAAACUACAUCAUCAGGUUUUUAAAAGUAAAAAAUCAAAAGAUCAAAUGUUGUCCUAUGUAGUGUUUAUGUGUUAAGAAAAUAACAAAUAUGCAAGUUUGUUUUUCAGAAAACUUGGUACGUGUAAGUGUUGUACAGCAACUUAGACCUGUGUAAUAGGCGUGGGCAUUUCCAAUGAUAUGCAAAUUGUUAUCAGUGUUGUAUAGAUGGUAAGUGUUCAUGGGUCAGGAAAUGAAUAUUCUGUAUGAAUAUUCAAUGUUUAGAUUUAAUGUUGAUGUUUUUCACGGGGUAAUACACGUAUGGUGUGAAUAUUCAUAAAAAUGCAGAUUUCAAGUCACCAAUAGGAACAUUAGUGCUGUGCGUAAACUCUGACUGAGUUUCUUCGAGAGCCACUCAGGAUUAAGUUGUGAUUUGCAUUGAAAUUCCAAGAUGAAUAUUGAUGUUAUGUCCUCCGUGAGAUUUUGUGAUAAAAAACAAUGCCUUCAGUCAGUUCGGAAUAAAAAUACGUGUUUGAGUGUUCACGAAACGUAAUUACUACCUCACUUGAUCACUGUCUUAAAGCAUUUUAUCCAGGUUAUUGAAGAAAGCUCAGUUUACAAAGCUGUUUACUGGAAUUUAAGCAGGUUUAUCAGAAACAAUGCGUGAUGAAACUGGAUUAAGAAUGUUACUGGCCAGGGUUUCUUUGCACUGCCCAAGUUUCUUCCACUUUGGUAAAAAGUAAAUGAAAUGUACAGUUGUUUGAGAUGUGAUUGGCAAACAGAAAAUGAAGGAAAAUGUGUAAAUUUGAGAAUGAAAACUUAAACUCAGGGUUCGCUUUCUUCAGUUUUUGUUACAUAGUCGUAGAAUAAAAGCACAGAUGUAGAUUAAGUUUACCCAUCCAUUUACUGUGAAAAAAAUUUCUCUCUGAAAAGAAAUUAAGCAUUUUAGAUAAUUUUCUCUUAUUGUAUACUUGUAUAUUGUCAAGAAAGAUUUCGAGUCUAAUUUUCUGUUGUGAGUUAAUGCUUUUUAUGGGUUGGAUCACGGAAGAUAUCACGGACGUAGGUAUUGUAGUGAAGUACAGUAGGCUAAAGCAGAAUUAUGAAUAUAAUUAAAUAAAAUUGAAAAUAUCUUGAACAAAGA